UGUAAAAUUGAGUGAACUAGGGAAAAAAGUUUUGCGAUUGCUUGUUGCAGAUUUCUUACUAAAUAUCUCUUCAACGUCAAAAUCAGUUGUUUACAUAUAUUGCUCCAUCAUCUCUAUCGGCACCUCCAUCUCCUCCUCCGCCGCUAAUCGCCGCCCUCCUCUUCCAACAUGCUAUAUGUUACCUGGAUUUCUCUUCUCCUACUUCUAUCCAAUGUGCUCACCGCCUCCGUCAACGCUCACUCCACUCACGCUCUCCUCCUCCUGCCCACUCACAGCCACGCCGCCGUUUCUGGUCAACGAUGCCCCGCGCCAGACCCCAAUCUCAAUUUCCGACCGGUCAUCGGAAUCGUCAGCCACCCUGGAGACGGCUGCUCUGGCCGCCUCAGCAAUGCCACUAAUGCAUCUUACAUAGCUGCUUCUUAUGUGAAAUUCGUUGAAUCUGCUGGCGCCAGAGUCGUUCCCCUCAUCUACAAUGAACCUCCGGAGGUUCUGUACAAAAAACUCAGUUUGGUUAAUGGAGUCAUCUUCACUGGAGGGUCAUCCAAAACUGGUCUCUACUUUGAGGUUGUCACAUCGAUAUUUAAGGAUGUCCUGAGAAAGAAUGAUGCUGGAGAUCGUUUCCCUUUGCUUGCUAUCUGCUUAGGUUUUGAGCUUUUAACCAUGAUAGUGAGUAAGGACAAUAACAUCCUUGAGAGAUUUAGUGCAUCAGAUCAAGCUUCAACGCUCCAAUUUGUGGAAAACAUAGAUAUUAGUGGAACUGUGUUUCAACGAUUUCCUCCAGUUCUGCUGAAUAAGCUGAGUACGGAGUGCAUCGUGAUGCAAAAUCAUAAGUUUGGCAUAUCACCUGAAAAACUCCAGAAGACUGAGAGUCUUUCUAGCUUCUUUGAGAUCUUAACAACUACUGCAGAUAGUGAUGAUAAGGUCUAUGUUUCAACAGCCCAAGCACACAGAUAUCCAGUGACAGCUCUUCAGUGGCACCCGGAGAGAGUCAGACACAAAAUCUUUGAUUUGAAAUGCAAAUGCUUCAUUUUUAACAUCCCAAUGCAGAAAAAUGCUUUUGAGUGGGCCUCAUCAAGUAUUCCACACUCAGAAGAUGCAAUUCAAGUCACUCAAAACGUGGCCAAUUUUUUUAUAAGGGAGGCUAGAUUGUCUACGCAUAGACCGCCUUCCCAGGAAGUUCUCGACAACCUCAUCUAUAAUUACAGUCCUACAUAUUGUGGAAAGGCUGGAAAGGGGUUUGACGAGGUCUACAUUUUCAGCUAAUUCUGGUCCGAAUGUAAGCAUUGAGGCAUCCAUGAUUGCAAUUUCUUAUCACCAUUGUAAAUUUCAUUGCCUUAUAUGUAUGUCUUAUUGUUGUCUGAGAUAAAACCAACAGUCAUAAUCUAUUUCUCAAUUGCACAGAUUCAGAAUUAAGUAAAACUGCGUUUUAGCUUAUUUA